CAGGAGAUUUUUGCAUCGCGGCGAACUCUCUCGCAAGGCGCAGCAGAGAGAACUCUUGAGGAGUCCGCCUUCAGUUUCGUCCGCCCGAUUCGAACAGAAAAGGAGCAGGAAGGAAGGAAGGAAGGAAGGAUGGGUUCGGAGACGUUCCUGGAGAUCAUCCUGGCCAUCCUCCUGCCGCCCGUCGGAGUCUUCCUUCGUUAUGGCUGUGGAGUGGAGUUCUGGAUAGAUUUGCUGCUGACGAUUUUGGGGUACAUUCCGGGGAUCAUAUAUGCGAUCUAUGUCCUGGUUGGAUAGCACGAGGACAUUGUUUCGUUUUUUCUUGUACGUUUUUUCCUUGUUUUGUGAGGUUGAAUAAAAUUGUUGUGUUGGUUCUUGUA